AUGAUCGGACACUUUCCCCUAUCGGCAGUACUCUGUGCACUCAGCUUGCUGCUUGGUGCACAGUCACACAUGAUGAUCAACUAUCCAGGCUCGCGCGGUUGGAAUCUUGUCACCAAUGGCACUGUGGCAGACACGGAUGGACUCUCCAUGGGUGUUGCUCCUGGAACAAACGAUCCCGUUUACCCCUAUGGGAUGCAAUGGCAAUUCCCUUGCGGCGGACUGCCGAUAGCCCAGAACCGGACGAACUGGCCUGUGACAGGUGGCCCACUGGCAGUCCAACCUGGCCUGCAGGCUCGGCACUCAGAGGCCAUGAUGUGGGUAAACCUGGGCUUGGGGACUGUGCCGGCAAACUACAGCCUGAUCAUGGUGCCCGUAUUUCGAAUCACUGGGCCGAGCAACGAGGAAUACCACGACGGCUUCUGCUUAUCACAUGUCCCGCUUCCCCAGGGGGUCACGGUCAAUCCAGGAGACAAUGCGACCAUCCAGGUCAUUGAGACGGCAAAGCAGGGAGCCUCGCUGUACACUUGUGUGGACAUUACGUUUGUCGAUUCUUCUCAAACUCCAUCUCUGGAUAGUAUCGGCUGCACCAACUCAUCUUCCAUUGGCUUCAGCACUGUGUCUUGGGAGGAUAAUUCGAGCUGGGCCUGGUAUCGUUCUGGCCAGACGAUUGGCCUUGGUCUGGGACUGGGCCUCCCGUUGGUGAUCGCCGUUGCAGUUCUGAGUUAUUUCUUGUGGAAGGCGAGAAAGCAAAUCAAGACACACAAGAGGCUGUCGGGUUGA